AUGCCCUGCACCUCGCGCCAAGAGCCGAACACCGAGGAGGAUUAUACAAGGACGAGUGCAACUCCAGAGAGUGAAGAACUGAAGAGUUUCGAACCGCCCUUUGUGAUCGUCCAACCUUGGCCCGCUAACAGAAAUCGAACUCCCAAUACGGCGCGCAGCCGCUACUUUCCAUCCACUCAGCACUUGCUGUCUGCAGUGUCUUUGGAGAUGCGCUCGAGACUGGACUUGAUUAAAGAGAUCACGGGAUCCCAAGCUGUUGAGCGUAUUCAACCUUCUCUC